CCAGAAGCGGUUGAUCCCAAUAGAACACGACUUUACGUACAUUGUCAUUAUCACAAACACUGUGCACACAUUAGUACAUAGAACUACUGUAACAUUGCAUUGAUCGUUUAUUUUUAUGCUAUCGCCUGUUGUUUCAUCUCGAGGCGCGAAAAAUCGGGAUGUUGCCUCAGCGAAGAGGUCACAAAAGACAUGAUAAUGAGGACCAAGUCAGUUACGAUGAUAAUCAAACAGCAGGAAUCGUUCCUUAGAUCAUCCUCCAGAAAUUGGUUAUCCAAGUGAACAUGUGAAAUAUUAUACAUUAUUUCAUACUUACUGAGAUUUUCGGAUAGAAUCGACCGCAUGAAAAACUCAGUCAUACGAAAAAUUUUUUCCGAUCCAAUCACAAUCGCGAAACGUCUUUCUCACACGGGGGAAAAGCGUUUCAUCCAAUCAGAAAUCAGCUGUCAAAAUGAAUCAGUCAGUUCACAACGCGUUCACGUUGCUGUUGGCUCCUCUUCAAUCUUCAUUCACAGAAGCUUGUAGAGUUUCCACAAGUUUACACUAGUUUUCUCGCAAAUUAGCUAUAAACCACAGAUACUGGCGGAAAGCUCGAACAGGUUUAUCGCUUUAGAUAAAACCAUUUAAAAUUGCAUCCAGGAACACCAGCACAAAAACACUCGGGCAAAAACCCGACGAGACGUUAAGGUUAGCUUGUUUAGCGAGUUCCUCGAACAGAAGGAAGAGGCCAGAAAAGUUUUAAAGAAGGCAAAUAUCCCCUAAGCAUUAUCGACGACAAAGAGCAAGAAAAAUUCUGAACGCUCGAAGCAAACGACUGAAAAAAAGGCAAGGCAAACGAAGCAAAUCAAACGCAGCUAAAGCGUUGACCGAUGACGGAGUAAACACUCUGUACGAAAAAUAUUUACACUAUAGGCUUUUGAAGAAGCGACCAAGCCGGAAUAAAACAUUACUUGACAUUUGUUCUGCCAAAUGAAAAAGCAAUUAAAUUUUAUUAGAAUGCUGAGCGUGAAAAUCUCAGUAAGUAUAAAAUAAACAAAUUAAAGCUUGGAAACUGCUUUAAUGCACGGUAUUUCCGAACUCGUUGGUUUUGCAUUAGAAAACUCGCUCGUUCGUUUUCUGAUACGUCAACAACUCGUGCGUAAAUGCCGUACGCGCGCACUUUCCAUGAAGUAAUCUAUACUUUCCAAUAUAUGAUAUUGCCUAACCUUACGGGUACCUGUAUAUAACGAACUCUCAAAGUGAUUACCUCCCAGUUGGAUUGGUAGCCCAGUUGAAAGAGAAGUGCACCGGUAUCGCAGAUUUCUUUCUAUUUUUUUUUCCAAUUUUCAAUUAGUCAAUUCUGGAUCGGAAACGUCUUUUAGUUGAAUUCCUUUACUACAUUGAAGCCUCUCUUUUAAAUGUUAAUGUGUUUCAAAAAGAAAAUGCAUUGAAUAUAUGUAUCAAAACAUUUUGUCCUAAUUAGAAGCUUUUUUUACAGUUCCGCCUCCUUUGAUGCAGGGCUUGCAGACCUACCUUUCACGAUAUCGCCGGCUCUGCUUAGCUCGGUUCUUGUGUCAGCUGACCCUGUGGAAACCCCGCUGAAAAAUGCUGAACAGUUCAUGUUGAUCAAGGACUAUCGUACAUCUGCCAUGCUAUAUACUGUGGCACUACGGUACCUCGAAGCUGAUUCUUCCCCUGGAUUGGUCGCCGCUAUUCUAUGCAAGCGAGCUGAAUGUUUACUUCGCUUGAGUUACGUACAGCACGUUUUACGAGAUUGCAGAGAUGCUAAGAGCAAACUGGGGAGUGACAACGAACACAUAGCAUUUCUAUCUUCACAAGCUCUAGAGCUACAGGGAGAAGUACAGAAGGCUUUUAUGCACGCCGUCAUAUACAAGUCUCUUGAUCCUCGGAUAUCAAGAGACAAGGAUAUUAUGAGAAGGUUAAGAAUGAAAGUGAAGUGGUUGUGUGGCCAGGGAUAUCAUCAAGUUCACAGCACUCUUGACGUCCUGAUGACACAAGGCGAGCUGUCGCUCUCAGACUCUAAGACAAAGGUGGCCUUAGCCUUUUUCACAGAAGUUGUGAAUCUUUUUCCAGAAUUUCCGGAUGCUCACGAAUAUCGAGCGAAAUGCUUCUCCAUUUUGGGUGAGUUUCUUCAAGCUGAGCAGGACUGCAAUAGAGCUCUCAAUUUGACGCAACGCACAAGUGCGGCAGCAUUUGAUACAAAAAUAAAAAUCAAGAUCCGGCAGGGAGAGUUUGCGGAGGCUCUGGAAUUAGUGAAUGAAUGGCAAUUUAUUGAUCCCGAAAAUGCAGAACUCGACAUGGUUAAAAUGCAAAUGACUCAAAAAUUGGUGGCGGCGCAACCUAGGAGUGGAACAGCGGAGAUGAGCCGAUGUCAGUCGCUUUCCGAUUUGUCAUGUGGCCACGAGUCAGGUCAUGAAAUGACAACGAAAAAAAGAACCAACCAAGCCUGGAGUCAAAGCGGCAAUGCGAAGCCAAAGAAUAAAAAAGAACUACAACGAGAAGAGCGGCAGAGGGAAAAGGAACGCCAAGAGAUAGCUCGUGAAUUGGGAGAAAGGCGAAAGCAGGAAGAAAGUAAAAGUAAGAAGGUUAAAGCUCAAGCCCCGACGAGAGAAGAGCAACAUGGAGCAUGUGAAAAGACCAAGGGAGCAGUUGCAACAGAAGACACAACGCCAUCCAUGGCUACACCUGCAGCUUUACCUGGCGAGCGUCCUUCUUUCCCAGAGCGAUCAAGAAAACGAAAGAUGAGACGGAAAACCAGAACUUUAAGGACUGCAAGGCAAGGUACACAGUUAUUAAAGCCUACUGUAGUAGUUCGAAAUAUCUGGUUAUUGUGAAAAGGAAAGCCUGCGAACGCUUUCAGGUGCUCUAGUCAGCUCAACCCUACCGGCGUGA